CUUCUCCGGGAAAGGCUAGCAGGCCUGGGGGGAGAGGGAGUCGCGUUCCAAAUCACACAAGGGAGUCACUGAAACCAACUUUCUCCUUCUUGUCCUUUCCUCCACUAAGGAUAGGGGACUGUGGAAGGAAACUAACUUUCACCCCGGGAUUCUGGCUCGGCGCCCAAAAUUGGGUGGAAGGCAGAGGGUUCUAGGACCCUCUCCGCCCCUCCUCCUCACCCUGUCUCCCCUCCCUCUUCCUCCCGCGCCCCUUUACGUGGUCAGGCAGACGGAGUUCACCCGGGAGGGACAGGCUGGGCGCUGGAGAGGCGGAGGGGGGCGGUGGAAGGGCCUCUUGGAGCCCGACCGGUCCCACCCCCAGCUCAACCCGGGCAGGAAGAGCUCGGUCGCUGGAGCCGCUGCGGAAAGGGACGGAGGGCGGGCGCCGGGGCCUCGGGCCGCGGGAGGGGCAGCCAUGCUCCUGGCUGGGGGUGAACCCCCGGCGCUGGAAUGGUUCAUGGUGCAGACAAAAUCGAAGCCUCGGGUGCAGCGGCAGCGGCUCCAAGUGCAACGCAUCUUCAGGGUCAAGCUGAACGCCUUCCAGAGCCGUCCCGACACCCCCUACUUCUGGCUGCAGCUCCAGGGGCCCCGGGAGAACACUAGCAAAGCCAAGGAGUAUCUGAAGGGCCUGUGCAGCCCAGAGCUGUGGAAGGAGGUCCGCUACCCGCCAAUGCUGCAUUGUGCCUUUCUCGGCGCCCAGGGCCUCUUUCUGGAUUGCCUGUGCUGGAGCACCCUGGCCUAUUUGGUGCCUGGUCCUCCUGGCUCUCUGAUGGUAGGUGGGCUCACUGAGUCUUUCACCAUGACCCAGAACUGGCUGGAGGAGUUGGUGGCACGGCUGCGCUGGGGCCCUGCCCCUCUGCUGACCCCCCGGGGGAUCUGGGAGGCUGAGGUGAGCCGGGCCUUUGGGGCCCUGGUAUGGAUCCGUGGUGACCAGUAUGCAAGGGACCUGCUGCAGCUGCCCCCAGCCGUUCAAGAGCUACUGCUGAGCUUGGUGCGGGAUGCUGCAGGCAAGGAAGACAUCAUUGAGUGGCUCAGCCACGUCGGCAUCUCCAGCACCUGCUCCAGCCCAGAGGUCCUGAUCAGCCCUCCCCAGCAGCAAAAGGAAGACUCCACCGUGGUGUCUGUGGGAGAGAAUCCUGGGUCCUUCCUUGAGAUGGGGACUCUCCAGAAUGGGGGCCCAGAAAAUCCAAAGAGAGUAAGCAGCCUGGGAGCCAGCAGGUCCCUGAUCGCAGUCCAGAAUACCCAACAGGAGACAGCAAACCAGAUGGUAUGGGUCGGUUCCAUCAACCAGAGUGGUACGGACAGUGCUCAAGAGGAAGGGCUGGUACAGGCCACCAGCAGCCAGAACUCUGUGAACCGCACACCAGCUUUGUUGCAGCAAAAGCAGAUCCACAAAGUAGAAGAGAAAUUCCUCUUCCAGCCUCCGGUGUCAGCUCUGAGUAUGUGUCCAUCUUGGAAGGCCUGGGCCCCAGGGCCAGCCUUUGGGCCCUUGUGGCCUGGGACUAUUGCUGCAGCCUUUUGGAGGAUCAAUGAACUGCAUUCUCUGCACCUGGCCUGGCUUCUGUCUCAGGCAUGUUUCAGUCUUCCAUUCUGGCAGAGGCCGCUGGGCCCCAUUCAGCUGAAGCUGCCAGGGCACAGUGCUUUGCCCUUAAAUCUAGAGUGGAAGCAGAAGGAGCUGGCCCCUUUGCCUAGUGCAGAAAGCCCAGCUUGUAGACCAGAUGGGGAACUGGGAGGAGAGGCAGCUCUACAGAAUUGCCCAAGGCCAGAGACACCCCCAAAAGUCGUGAGUUUAUUGGUUGCCCCAGGUGGCUGUGAUGAAAAGGACAAGGUUAGCCCAGGACUUCCACGUAAAGGCCUACCUUUGGCCUCUACAACCCAAACUGGAGAUAAACAAGAGAACCAAGGAAGUGUGCAACUGGAUUGUAAGUGGCUGGAAAAGGGGCCCUCUCCAGUGCCACCCACAGAAUUGGGAGAACCUACAGCUCAAGGAAAGCCCAUGGCUCAAGGGGUUCUAACAGUCCAGUCAGAAUCUGAAGCCCGAACAGUGCCUGAAACACUCAAAGUGCCCAUGGCUGCAGCAGUACCCAAAGCUGAAAACUCACCCAUAACUCAAAAGCAACCUGCAGCUCCCCAGGUGCCUCCAUCCCAAACGAUGCAGGCAGUGAGUACGGAGACUGCAGCUCCCCAAGUGCCUCCAUCCCAAACGAUGCUGGCAGUGAGUACGGAGACUGCAGCUCCCCAAGUGCCUACAUCCCAAACGAUGCUGGAAGUGAGCACAGAGACUGCAGCUCCCAAAGUGCCUUUGGCUCCAGCAAAGCCUGCGGCUCAAGUGGUGUCCACAGCUCAAAAAGCUGCUGUGCAUCAGCCAGCAUCAGCAUCAGCAGCUCAAGUGACGUCUACAGCUCUAAAAACUGCCAUGUCUUCGAAGAUGCCUGCAGCCAAAAUAUCACCUGCAAAUCCCAAAACACUCAAAGCUCACCCUGGGCCUGGGACUAAAACAGGAUCUGCACCUCCUAAAACAUCUGCAGCCCCUAAAGCACCUGCAGCUCCUAAAACAUCUGCAAGCUCCAAAGCACCUGGAGCUUCUAAAGCCUCCAGAGUUGCCAAAACUCCUGCAGUCCAGAAGGGGCCCACAGGUGAAGGGACGACCUUGGAUGUAGCCAGACUUUUGAGUGAGGUCCAGCCUUUGUCAAGAGGUGAUGCCUCCUUAUCAAAGGGCCAGGAGGAGCCUAGAAGGCAGGGUGCCCAGUCCAGCAGCACCUUGGCCCUCAGCAAUAAGCACCAGUUCCAGGUGGAGGGACUCCUGGGGGCUGGGGAGGGAAGCCCGAGGCAGUCCCCUCGCCACCCACAGGCAAACAGCACAGUGACCAGCUUCCAGAGGUACCACGAAGCCUUGAACACACCCUUUGAGCUGAACUUGUCAGGAGAACCCGGGAACCAGGAAUUGCGCAGAGUGGUCAUUGAUGGCAGCAGCGUGGCCAUGGUGCAUGGCCUCCAGCAUUUCUUCUCCUGCCGAGGCAUUGCCAUGGCAGUGCAAUACUUCUGGAACCGGGGACACCGGGAGGUCACUGUGUUUGUACCCACCUGGCAGCUGAAGAAAAACCGAAGGGUGAGAGAGAGUCACUUUCUGACGAAGCUCCACUCGCUCAAGAUGCUUUCGAUCACUCCCUCCCAGCUGGAGAACGGCAAGAAGAUCGCCACCUAUGAUUAUAGGUUCAUGGUAAAGCUGGCCGAGGAGACAGAUGGCAUCAUUGUUACCAAUGAGCAAAUUCACACCCUGAUGAAUAAUUCUAAGAAACUCAUGGUCAAAGAUCGCCUCCUGCCCUUCACGUUUGCGGGGAAUCUCUUCAUGGUACCAGAUGACCCCCUGGGCCGUGAUGGCCCCACGUUGGAUGAGUUUCUGAAGAAGCCAAACAGGUUGGACACAGAUGUCGGCAACUUCCUGAAGGUAUGGAAGACCCUUCCACCCAGCUCAGCCAGUAUCUCUGAACUGAAUGAUGACCCUGACCCUAGGCCUUUGGAGAGUCCACAGAAUGUGGAAGAAGUCAGGGAGAAGGAAGAAAGGCCAAAUGAAGAGUGGAGAGAGGGACGGGGAAUGCCAGAGCAGGCUGAGGAGGAUGACCUGGACUCUUCUCUGGCAUCAGUGUUCAGAGUUGAGUGCCCCUCCCUCUCUGAGGAAAUCCUCCAGUGCCUCAGCCUCCAUGACCCCCCUGAUGGGGCCCUGGACAUUGACCUCCUGCCAGGGGCGGCCUCUCCCUCCCUGGGCAUCCCCUGGGAUGGGAAGGCUCCCUGCCAGCAGGUUCUUGCGCAGCUGGCUCAGCUCACCACCCCCAAUAACUUCACUGUGCUGUCCUUCUUUGUGGGGUUCAUGGACUCCCAUCGAGAUGUCAUCCCUGACUAUGAAGCCCUCAUGGGCCCUCUGCACAACCUCCUCAAGCAGAAGCCAGACUGGCAGUGGGGCCAGGAGCAUGAGAAAGCCUUCUUAUCCCUGAAGCGAGCCCUGGUAUCCGCUCUCUGUCUGACGGCUCCCAAUUCCCAGCUGCCCUUCCGCCUGCAGGUGACAGUGAGCCAAGUGGCCCUGACUGCCAUCCUCUUCCAGGAGCAUUCAGGGAGGAAGCAUCCCAUUGCCUAUACCUCGAAGCCCCUUCUCCCGGAUGAGGACAGUGAGGGCCCCCAGUCAGGCGGGGACAGCCCCUACGCUGUGGCCUGGGCCCUCAAGCAUUUUUCCCGCUGCAUUGGAGAUGCCCCCGUGGUCCUCGACCUUUCCUAUGCCUCCCGGACCACCGUGGCUCCUGAGGCAGCAGCGGGCCGCCGGGUUUCCAAAGCAUGGUUGAUUCGAUGGUCCCUUUUGGUACAGGACAGAGGCAAGAGGGCUCUGGAAUUGGCCCUUCUGCAGGGUCUGUUGGGGGAGAACCACCUGCUGACGCCGGUUUCGUCAAUGCCUCGUUUCUUCCAGGUUCUGCCUCCUUUUUCUGACCUGUCCACUUUUGUCUGCAUCCACAUGUCAGGCUACUGCUUUUACCGUGAGGACGAGUGGUGUGCUGGUUUUGGCCUCUACGUCCUGUCUCCCACCAGUCCCCCUGUCUCCCUUUCCUUCUCCUGUUCCCCUCACACCCCAACCUAUGCCCACCUGGCAGCCAUGGCCUGUGGCCUGGAGCGAUUUGGCCAGUCUAACCUCCCUGUGGUUUUCCUCACCCACUGCAACUGGAUCUUCAGCCUCCUCUGGGAGCUUUUGCCCCUCUGGAAGGCCCGGGGCUUCCUGUCCUCUGAUGGGGCUCCACUACCUCACCCAAGCCUGCUGUCCUACAUUAUAUCCCUCACCUCUGGCCUUUCAUCCCUUCCGUUCAUCUACAGAACCUCCUACCGGGGCUCUCUGUUUGCUGUGACAGUGGAUAACCUGGCCAAGCAGGGUGCCCAAGGGGGUGGACAGUGGUGGAAUUUGCCAAAAGAUGUGCCAGUCCCUGUCAUGACUCCCCGUACCAUGGGCAAGAGACCCAAUUUGCUGGCAUUACAGCUGAGUGACAGUACCCUGGCUGAUAUCAUUGCCAAGCUUCGUGCGGGGCAAAAAUUGUGUGGUUCCUCCCCUUUCAGUUCUGCCUUUAACUCACUCAGCCUUGAUAAGGAGAGUGGGCUCCUUAUGUUCAAGGGAGACAAAAAGCCCAAGGUCUGGGUAGUCCCGAGGCAACUCCGGAGGGACCUGAUUUUCUCUGUGCAUGACAUCCCUAUGGGGGCCCACCAGCGGCCAGAGGAGACCUACAAGAAAUUGCGGUUCCUGGGGUGGUGGCCUGGGAUGCAGGAGCAUGUGAAGGAUUACUGCAGGAGCUGCCUGUUCUGCAUCCCCCGGAAUCUCACAGGCAACGAGUUAAAGGUCAUUGAGUCCCCAUGGCCCCUCAGAUCUACUGCCCCCUGGUCGAACCUGCAGAUUGAGGUGGUGGGUCCCAUCACCAUAAGUGAGGAGGGCCAUAGGCACGUGCUCAUUGUGGCUGACCCCAACACCCGCUGGGUGGAGGCGUUCCCGCUGAAGCCCUACACACACAUGGCUGUGGCCCAGGUGCUGCUUCAGCAUGUGUUUGCACGGUGGGGUGUCCCAGUGAGGCUGGAGGCAGCCCAGGGCCCCCAGUUUGCCCGGCAUGUUCUGGUGAGCUGUGGGUUGGCCCUGGGAGCACAGGUGACCUCCCUGAGUAGAGACUUGCAGUUUCCUUGCCUGGUGAGCUCAGAGGCCUACUGGGAAUUCAAGAGGGCCCUAAAGGAGUUCAUUUUCCUGCAUGGCAAGAAGUGGGCAGCCUCCCUGCCCCUGUUGCACCUGGCCUUCAGGGCCUCCUCCACGGUGGCCACGCCAUUCCAGGUCCUGACGGGAAGUGAGUGGAGGCUGGCUGAGCCCCUGUGGUGGGAGAUGAGCAGUGCGAACAUUGAAGGGCUCAAAAUGGAUGUUUUCCUGCUGCAGCUGAUUGGGGAGCUGCUGGAGCUCCACUGGAGGGCGGCUGAGAAAGGCACUGAGAAGGCUGACAACAGGCGCUUUAAGCAGGAGACCCAGGAGAAGGAAUGGAAUGUGGGUGACCAGGUCCUCUUACUGUCCCUCCCCAGGAACGGCAGUAGUGCCAAAUGGGUGGGUCCCUUCUAUAUUGGGGACCGGCUGAGUCUGUCUCUCUAUAGGGUGUGGGGCUUCCCAACUCCAGAGAAGCUGGGAUGUAUCUAUCCCAGCAGUUUGAUGAAAGCCUUUGCCAAGAGUGGCACACCCCUGUCCUUUAAGGCCUUGGAGCAGUGAGCUGGAGAGGUGGGGGAGACCCCAUCCAGGGAGUCCUGGGUUUCUGCUGCUAGGCCUCCACCUCCUCCCGCAGUGCUCUUGGCCCUUUGGGGGCCCUCUGUCGUGCCUUCUGUAGAAAAGCUGCUUCCUAAAGCUUUGCUGAGUUGCCUUGAACUAGGGACCAGUGUUUCCAUGGAAAUAGCCCCAGUUUGGGGUAUUUGCAGAAUUUGCCAAAGGCUGUCAAAUGGGUGCCUCUGGUGAUUUUACAUUGGGGAAUAGAAGGUCUCCUUACUAAAGUAGACCAGGCUCAGAGUCUUUCCCCAAGUAUCUUCCUCCUCCACACAUAUGUAGGUAUGUGAUGUUGUGUACACCUCCCCCCAUCUUAUUCCUGGUUGUCUUAACCAUGAAAUAGUGAGGCUCUGGGCUCACAAUUGGAGCCAUAGUCCUCUCCCAAACAGGAACCUUGAAUGUGGUCCCUCCAAACUGCGCACACAAACUCACAUGGGCAGAGGGGAGGCAGCCAGCUCCUUAGUCUCACAACCAGCUUUCUUAGGCCCAGCAUGGGCUCUGCUGCUGUCCAGGAAGGGGCUGGUAGUCUGCCUGGGCCAUAAGGGCAGUAGCUCAGGAUGGGAGGAUGGCCAGCCUCAAGUUACUCACUUGUCAGCAUGGGAAAGACAGGGUGGGAUAAGUUGGUCUACCUCAUUUGACUCCAGCUGAUGGAGACAACUCCUGACCCCCAUUUGGAUGGUGUUGGCUGCAUAGGGGUUAAGGAUCUUGAUGCCAAAUGUGGCAUCUCUGCCUAAGAGCUGCUUCUUCUGCUAGACCGAGGGGCCUCGGCCUCUGUUUUAAGGGGGAGGGCUUCAGAAAUGAGCAUUCUGGCACACAGUCAGGUCCAGUUCUUUACUUCCCAGGCCUGCCCAAGCCUAUCCCCAAACCCACAGCCCUCCUCUUUUCACCCCCACAGUCCCUUGUAUCAUUAGACCUCAUGUAGUGUGAUUGCUUUGUCUGGAGCCCUCUCCCACCUUCUAGUCCUCUGAACCCCUCGCUCCCUCAGACCUGUUCUCUGCAGAGAUUGUUUCUAGUGAGUAAGUGCUCACAGGUAUGUGUGCCUACACUCAGUCCUCUGAAUUUGGAGCUGCUGCUGAACAGCCAGUCUCCAGGUGAAGGCCAGCACCGUGUCUCCCUGGCUUAGCCUCUGAAUAGUUUUGUUUCUUGAGAAGCUAAGCCAAGAGAGAACUUGGCAUCAAACCCAACUUGCUUGUUAUAGAGCGGAGGAAAAGAGGAAGUAACUUGGCCAUGGUCACACAGCUGGUUGGUGGCUGACCUGGGCCCAGUUCACUGUGUAAAGGGUUUCGGUAACAGGUUCAAGCAAGAGACUCCUUUAGAAUUCUAUACCUAUCCUCUCUCCAUUAUCCAUUGUAUCAAUUUCUGCUCUUAUAGACAAACUACCUUGGAUGUUGUCUUUAAAUCCAUUCUAGUUGUUAAUCCUAUCCAGGAAUGACUGGGUGACAGCAGAGAAACCGAGAAGACUAGCAGCAGAAUUUUAAGCACAUACUCUAUAUUCUCACUCACCAUUGCCCCUUCUCUUCCUCCAAUUCCCUAGUGGCACUUCCGACCUCAUUCUCCCACUUUUGUGCUGGGUGCAUUCUCCCUUAUUACAACUUUGAUCCUCUACCUUUUUCUUAAGUGAAUUUUUGUCUUCAUUUUUUCAAUAAAUGAGUUAAACUGGAA